ACCAGGGAUUUUUUUAACUGGAGACCAUGGAUCUCUCCGCCAGUGAGCUCAGCAUUUAUGACAAGCUCUUAGAGACCAUUAACUUGGUGAGGCAGACGGGGCACCAAUGUGGGAUGUCAGAAAAGGCGAUCGAGAAGUUUGUCAAACAGCUUCUGGAGAAGAAUGAGCCUCAGAGAGAACCCCCACGACACUUCCUGCUAAUGGUUGCCCACAAGGGCCUGAUCACCUUGGGGUUCAUUUUGCUCACCUCCUACUUUGCGAUUCAGCUGUACAGCCCAUUACCACUGGAAACCGCCCUCUCUGGAGCCCAGUCCUGGGGCUCCCUCAUCCGUCACAUGCGGCUCCUGUCUCUGCCCAUCUCAAAGAAGUACAUGCUUGAGACAUUUAGGAAGGGAAAAGGAGAAGCUUUUUAA